ACAAACUCACCCAACUAACUCUUACUGCUUGUUCCUGAUGCUGUCAUGUGAUCAAAGGAGCUUCAUUUGAUUGGCUAAGAGCCGCUGGACUUGAUCUGGUGCUGAUUGCUUUAGUCUGAGGUCAUGAAGAGUUCUCCACAUUCACAGGUGAAUUUUUGACAGUUGAAUUUGUCCAGGUGAAUUUUGGAAGGUGACUUUUUUUCUGCCACAUGUAAAGUAAAUAAAAAUUCAUGCAGGAUUAAAAGAAAUCGGUUCUAAAAAUUCAAUGUAAAAAAAAAGAUGGAUUUUGAUGAAACUAUAUUUGUUCCAUUUUUCCCCCUCCGUGAUGUGAUGUCAUCGUUUUUUACGGACCUUUUCACUUUAAAAACAUAUUUUCAGGUAGUUGGGAUGUGCGCCUUUGGCGAGUUUUUGAGCAUAUGAAAAAUAAAUAUAAACAAAAUAAAAAUAAAUACAAAUAAGGAAAUAAAAACAUCCUUAUUAUCUUUUCUUUUUUGAUCGGACAAUUGUUCGCGAGCGCGCGCUCUGGGCACGCGGCGCUUGCGCCUGCGCGCGCGCAGCCAGCCGCGCGGAGGAUGCAGCCAGACGGCAGCAUCAGUUCAGGACGGGUGUCUGCUCCGCUGCAGCCGCUUGCUCUCUGACUCAAAGCUCCACAGCCGAACCACAGACCCGAACAGGAUUCUGCUCACAGGAUGUGUGGAGUGGACGUGGACCUGGAUGAUGGGGCUUCAGCUGAGGAUGAGAAAGAGGAGGAGUUCUGGAUGGGGGACGGGGUGAAGAUGCUGCCCCCUCCUGUGGCUCACAGCGAGGGCAGUGCGUGGGGCAGCCGGAGGGGCAGGUGGGGCUGCUUGGCCUGCGGGGCGGCUCUCAUCCUGUGGAACGUGUUUGUGGUCUCUGCCAGUCUGCUGCUCCUGGUUGUUGUGUUCGCCGUGGUGCUGCUGCCUGCGGCGCUGCUGCUGUACGCCGGGUUCCUCUGUCACUCCAGGGUGCUCAACGCCUCCUCGGCCAUCUGCCACUUCCUGGACGACAACAGCUGCUCCGCCCUCAUCAUCCUGGGGUUCGUGAUGAUGUCUCCGCUCGUGGUGGUGGCGGCCGCCGUCUUCUGCGGGCUGAUGCGAAGGUUUCGGCUCCUGCUUUUCAUCCAGCCUCUCAUGCGCGCCCGAUACAGAGUGAAGCUUUUGGACUGGGCGGGCAGCGUCCACGCCUGGGUCUGAUGGUCUUCAUCAAUGAGGAGGAGGAGGAAGAGAGCCGGGGGUCCAAAUGUUCUGAUGUACCAGGAGGCCGAGUGUGUUUUCAGGCAGAACAAAAACGAGGAAUUUCUUUUUCCAGUGGCAACAGUCCUUGAUUAAACCUCAACAACUGAUUAUUUUGAAAAAAAAAAAGAGAUAAAAUUAAGAGAACCCUUUCCCAAAAAAUGUGCAAUAGACCGUUUGUGCAGAGUGACUUCCAGGUUAUCUAUUAUGUCUUUGGUUCAGAAAGCUGACAGCUGAACACUGUUUAAAGCAAUUUUAUGUGAAUAAUAAAAGGUAACCUAACCAAUUAUUACCUAAAUUUGUGCGAUAUUCAUUUAUAAAUGUCCUACCUGGUUGUUUUCUUUCCCCACCUUAGAUCAAAUGUCCGUAUUCCUCCUGCAGAAUCCUCCACAGCUGCUUCCCCAAAAUCCUCUGGAUGAUAUUAAACGAGUCGAGGAUUAUUUCUCUCUACAACCCGGUUAAAGUUAAAUGAAGGUUACAGGAACUGAAUGCUGCUGGUUUAAUUAUGAAUGUAAUGCUAACGCUAGCUUUCCACGACAUAGAAAUGCAUAUUUUUCCUGCCAAGAUAAAGUUUCUUAUAUUUAUGUGUUCACAAAAUCACUAAAAACAGAGCUAAAGGUCCCACAGGAUUUGACGGCCAUAUCAUGGAUAAAAAGGUUGGAAAAUCUGCCACAUGAGCUUAGACGCUCCAACCUCAUGCAUGCUCGUGGAAUCAGAUGCUGUAAGCAGUGGUACAAGCGCAGACUGGCCCGGGAAACGACCGUGCUGCAGCUGUGCACGAACCAGAAAUUUCGGCGUCCAAGAGCGUGUCCCGGCCUUCACUCCUUUGCCCAAUCUCGCAUGAAACUGCUGUUGCACCGCCGUUCCACAGUUUUUUGUGCAGUUCAAAAAUUAUUUCCUUGUGUAACGGCAGCCAAAUCUUGUACCGUGUGUCGAUUCUGCGUCCGUAUAUCGUCUGUUUCGCUACCAUUCCGCCGCUAACGGCGUCUGUACCACGGGGAGGACAUUUUUUUUGUGCUCCAGCCGUGAUAUGACCGUCAAAUCCUGUGGGGCCUUAAAGUCCGACAAUCUCAACGUGUCCGACAAUAAAGAAAUUGUUGAGCUAUUUUCUGAUGUAGCUCCCCUUUGCCGUUACUCAUAACCGUGUCUGAUCCCUGCGGGAUAAUUAAGAUAAACAAGGAUCAAGUUCAUUUGAAACCAUCAAAGAAAUAUUCCUAUUAAAAGCAUUCUUAUUUUUACAAUUACCCCUUAAAAUACACCAACAAACAACAAAUACCUCGGAUUACAACAACUACUUUUAUCCAUGAUCACAGUAAAAACAUGCAGUGAUGUACAUCUGUUACGUUUGGAGAACAUGAAUUUCUAUCAGUCUACUUGUGAGAAUAACAUCAAGCAAAAUAGAACCCAUUAGAAUAAUAUCUGCUUAAAUUAAAUGUGGAUAUUUUAAUAGAAGCUCAAAUAUUGAAGGAUUAUUCAAAUUUCUGUUUUGAUUUGUGAACAUUCUAAGACAGGAAAUGAAAAUACAAUUCAGCAGGACAUUUAUAAAAUAAAUAUUGUACAUUUUUCUGCUGUAAUUGGUAAAGUUACCUUUUAUUAUUUAGGUAAAAUUGUGUUAAACAGCGUUCAGCGUCAGCUUUGCCGUUCUAAACUCAAACAUUGGAAGUCACAUUUCCAGCCCUUUUGUCUGACGUCACCGUGAAAAGGGUCUAUUUAGAAAAAUAAAUGUACAAAAAUAUCCCAGUGACACACAUACAAUAAGUAUAUUUCCUAUAAUCUGUGUUGAAAAUGCACUAUUUGAAAAAAACUAAAAAAGAAAUCCUAGAUAUGAAUGGAUUUAUUUAAUGGAUUAGAAAUUUGUCAACAAAUAUCUGAGAGUCCAAAUUUUUAAAUUACCUUAAUUGGCUUUUUUUUUCUGUUAAUAUUGAAUCUAAAGGACAAACUGGUUCCUGUGCAGAAGUACUUAGUAUAGUGCUUUGUUUCUUACUUUGCAGGAUAAGUUUUUCUUUGCUGAAAGGCCUGAAAAAAGCAGAAAAUCCAAAGAAACCUUUAAAAAAAGUAGAAAAAAAUAGAGAUCCUCCAAAAACAGGUUUGCUUGCAGUUUCUUCCUCGGUUUGCAUUCGUCUGUCUGAUCAUUUUGUUGCUCUAAUAAAAAUGUAAAUAUCAUCAUAACCAGAGGUUAAAGUCUUGUAUGACAUCACUGGAAUGUAGAUAAAGUAACUCUCAGUUAUAUUUAACUUGAGCUAUUUUUGUAAAGUUAGAACUCUUAGCUGCUAAAGUACUUUCACUUAUUAGUUGGUUUAAACAGAUCUGUGGAUGAAUGUAUUUCUUGUUUUAAGGAAGUGUUCUUCUGCAAAUACGAAAGUAUUCAUUUUAAAUUGCUGUUGGAAAUGUUAUUAUAAACCAUCAUGCUUCAUAUUUUGGGUUAUUUUGAGCAGUUUUCAGAACAUCUGUGCAUUUUUACAGUAGAGAUUUAUCAGGAAUUUUACAUGAGUAUGUUUUUUUAAAUUUAAAUAACCAUUAUAUUUCAAAAAGAUAAAAAAACAAAUGAUGACUGUUUGAUUUAGCUUUGAAGAUGUUUUUAAUCUCUGUUACAUUCUUCAAAACUGUUGUUAUAGCAGGUUUUUUCUUUGGGGGGAACUUAUUGUCAUUAUUUUAUUUACAUGAAACCAAAUGUGAGUUCGUAUCCUGAACCCAGAUUCACAAAAUGAAGAAAUGUUCUCGUUAAAAAAGUGAAUGGACUGAAAUAAAGAGUAAAACUGCUCCAUAGUGUUUGUUGGUGUUGUGGGCGGGGCUUAAAAACCAUUUCAGUCUUUAGAUAUUACUGAAUAUUAUUCAAACUCCAUCUAUCAUAAUUUGGACUACCAUUGAAAUACCUUUAUGUAUUGUUGUUUCAAAAACAUAAAAAAGUAAAAAAAAAAAAAAAAAAAAAA